CCCGCCCCUCCAUCCUCCUCCUAGCUGUUGCGUGACAACAAGGGCGUCCAGAGAUCAGCGUGCCUCUUCCAUCAUCUCACGACAGCCUACCGGAACCCAAUCGCUCAAAAAUGCAGUCCGGAAUAUCAGCUUCGGAGGAGCUCCAAGCGCAGUUCAAGUCGCUCGUCGCACGGCCCGACGACUUUGCCCUCGUCGUCAGCAUCGAACGCGAGGCCCUUGUACCCGUCACCUCGAUCUCCUCUAAAUCUUCUUCGUUCGAUGACAACCUCGCGACGCUCCAAGAGCACAUCAAGCCCAAUGUCGCCAGCUACUUCAUCCUGCGGCGCUUCGACGACGCACCACAGUUCCUAGCCGUAACCUACGUCCCCGACGCGGCGCCCGUUCGACAAAAGAUGCUGUUUGCAUCAACGCGGCUGACGCUCGUCCGAGAGCUGGGCACCGAAAAUUUUCGCGAGACCAUCUUCACGACCACGGCUGAAGAGCUGACCCCCAACGGCUUCAAGAAGCACGAUGCGCACGCUAAACUGGCGGCGCCGUUGACGGAAGAGGAGCGAACGCUGGGCGAGGUGAAGAGAGCGGAGCAAGAAGCUGGCGCUGGAACGGGCACGCGGGAAAUCCACCUGAGCAAGAGCCUGGCCAUGCCGGUAACUGAGGAGGCUAUUGCGGCUCUGAAGGAACUCGAGAGCAAGGCGCGGACGGUUGUCAUGCUUAAAAUCAACUCCGAAACGGAAGUCGUCGAGCUCGUCCCCGAGUCACCCACGCCAAACUCCAUCGCCGACCUCGCCCAAGCCAUUUCCUCGAGCGAGCCGCGCUUUACUUUCUACCGAUACACGCAUACACACAACGGCGCCGAGCAGGAGCCGUUGCUUUUCUUCUACACAUGUCCUGCCACGCCAGGAAAUAAGGCCAUCAAGAGCCGCAUGCUGUACCCGCUCAUGAAGCGAGCGGUGCUCGAAAUUGCGGACAGGGAAGCGGGGCUGAAGCUCGAGAAACGAUUUGAGGUUGAGGAGCCCGCCGAGAUCACGGAGCAGUCGGUGCACGAUGACCUGCACCCCAAGGUCGCGGCCCGUCAGGGCUUUAGCCGGCCGAAGCGUCCUGGCAGGUGAGGCAGCACAUGCUCUUACAGCCAAAAAGAUAGAACGUCAUGCAGCACGGCAGAGCCCCCUCCCAAAGCGAAGCCACAGAAUUGAUGAAUUGCUCACUACC